GCGGAAGGGGGCGGGAGGGCGCUACCGGCGGCGGCGCCUUGCAAGGUGCAGGCUGAGGUUGCAGCUGCGGGGACAGCGGCGCCGCCCACAGGGCAGGGAGCCAGCGGAGACUCGGUGCACACGGUUACCAGCGGGGAGGCCGCGCGUGAGGGGAGCAUGGCAGCCCCGGUGUCGGGUCCCAGGCUCUGCAACUUCUCCGCCAACGCCACCCGCAGGCUUGGCCAGUUCCAGGAGAGCUUCCUGUGGCCCGUGUUGGUGGCUGAGUUCCUGGUGGCCGUGGCCGGCAACGGGCUGGCGCUGCACCGCUUCCGCACCCGCGAGCCGCGGCCCUGGAACCCGGCUGUGGUCUUCUCGGCGCAGCUGGCGGUCAGCAACCUGCUGUACGCGCUGGCGCUGCUGCCGCUGGCCGCCUACCUGCACCCGCCCAAGCACUGGCGCUACGGCGCGGCCGCCUGCCGCCUGGAGCGCUUCCUCUUCGCCUGCAACCUGCUGGGCGGCGUGGCCUUCCUCACCUGCAUCAGCCUGCACCGCUACCUGGGCAUCGUGCACCCCUUCUUCGCGCGCGGCCACCUGCGCCCCAAGCACGCCUGGGCCGCCAGUGGCGCCGGCUGGGCCCUGGCCGCGCUGCUGGCCGCGCCCACGCUGGGCUUCUCGGGCCUGAAGCUCCCCGCGGGGCCGGGCGAGUGCAGCGCGGCCAGGCCCGAGGCCUGCACCGAGUGCCAGGGCGCCGCGGACCCCGGGCUGCUGGGCGCCUACUGGGCCUACGCCCUGGCGCUGGCGGCGCUGGGCGGGGCGCUGCCCCUGCUGCUGUCGCUGGCGGCCUACGGGGCGCUGGGCCGGGCCGUGCUGCGCAGCCCCAGCCUGGGCGCGGCCGAGAAGCUGCGCGUGGCGGCGCUGGUGGCCAGCGGCGUGGCCCUGUACGCCGUGUCCUACGUGCCCUACCACGUCACGCACGUGCUCAACGUGGACGCCCGGCGCCGCUGGCUGGAGCGCUGCCCGCAUUUCUCCAGCGAGGAGCAGGCCGUGCGGGCGCUGGAGCUGGGCCCCUUCCUGGCCUACCAGGUCAUGCGCGGCGUGAUGCCGCUGGCCACCUGCAUCCACCCACUGCUCUACAUGGCCGUGGCGCCCAGCCUGAGCUGCUGCACCGAGCGCCGGGGCCCCGGGGACGGCCGCCGCAGCCACCAGGACCUGCCGCUCUCCAGCAGCGCCAACUCCACCUCCAAAGCCUCGGCCUAGGCGGCCAGCACCCCAGAUGUGAACCCGUGACCCAGCCGCCCGCCGCCAGCACCCAGAACGGGACAGGCUCGUGGCCACCUCCUCCCUGGGGGACAAUGAACAGAACAGGACAUGCGAUGGGUGCUCUCAGCCUUUUACUGCCCGUGCAGCCCCCAGCGCGUGGAAGCUGCCAGGGUCACCCGGGGCAGGGGCAGCGGCGGGCUCAGUUGGUUGACGGCCUAGAGAGAGCACAGGGGCGGGGUGGGCGUCAGGAGGGGGGCUCCGGGGCCUGAAGGGCACCCCAAGACCCCCUCCCUGCACGUGAGGGGAACUCUGUGGGGACACGGAUGACAGUGUGGGGAGAGUGACCCACGGGGUCACACUGGGGGCUCCGAUCCCAGCCCUGCCAUGCUCUGGGCCACACUGCCAGGGGAGCCCGUCUGCCCCUGCAGUUUCUCAGAAAGGACAAUAAAGGCCGUCACUUCACACAG